GUUUUUUUAUUCACAAAGUCGACGCUCAAGCGCGUCUUCAAAAUUUUCAUUCUCUUUUCGUUCAUCUUGCUUACGGUUCAAAAUGUCAACGGUCUUUCGCCGCUUCAUGUCUGCUGCGUCCAAGUCCAGCAACGUCUUCUUUGACGUUUCAGUGGGACCCAAACCUCUCGGACGCAUAGUGUUCAAGCUCUAUGAUGAUGCCGUGCCAAAGACCGCACGUAAUUUCCGGGAGUUGGCUGCUGGCUUUAAACAAGAGGGCAAGCAGCCAAUAGGUUACAAGGGAAGCACGUUCCAUAGGAUCAUUCCUGAGUUCAUGAUCCAAGGCGGUGAUUUCACGCGACACAAUGGUACAGGCGGAUUAUCGAUAUACGGCGAGCGAUUCCCGGAUGAGAAUUUCAUCCACAAACAUGACAAGCCGGGACUCUUGUCCAUGGCUAAUGCCGGCCCAAAUACUAAUGGAUCACAGUUCUUUAUUACAACUGUUGUCACGUCUUGGUUAAACGAUAAGCACGUCGUCUUUGGAGAGGUAGUCGAGGGCAUGGAAGUCGUCAAAGCAAUCGAAGCACAGGGCACGAGGAGUGGGCAACCCCGAGCCAGGGUACAAAUAACCGAUUCGGGUGUCGUAGAGUAGAGGAUAUUGAUUAAUAGCUUUGGACGACAUGAUUAUUCAUGGAUUUCAUUGUCCUCUCAUUGUGCCCCCCUUUUGGUGUGUAUCCACAUUAUUUUUUUUCAUGAUGCCAGUGCAAACUGUACUGAAUGGGCCCCAAAUAAGAUCUUUGAAUCUUAACUUCUGUUCCUAAUCAAAGGGCAUGGACAUAAACCCAGAUGACCUGAUUGUAAUGCAAAAAGAAAUGGCAAGAUAUGCCCUCACGAGUUGGCAUCCCCCUAGAUUCCCCUGUAUUUCAGGCCAAAAGUGGUCACUUUGUAUGGCGAUAUCUUGUCAAUGACUGCAC